CAUCAUCCAGACUAUGGUUUACCCGCGUGUAUCUGUAACCAGUCAAGCCGAUUGAAAUAUCAAAAAGAUGUUUUGUGUGAUCUUUUGGUUUUCUCUCCCGUUUUCUUUUCGCCUAGCAAGCCAUCCAUCCUCCAAAUCUUUCUACUUUGUUCGCGCACCAAAUGUGGCCAAUCCGGUUUUUGUCGUCAAAGGGCAUCGUCGGUGGUGUGACUCUCCUUCUUCAUCAGAAAGUGCUUACGCGUCCUCCUCAGGUUCCUCUUAUUUGGAUUGCCACCUGUGAUAUCGUCUUCGCUAUUUCUUCCCGACCAUUUUAUUUUUGCAGUUUGUAGUAUUUCGAUAGACCUUCUUGCAGUCUUUUCCUCCUUUUUUUUCCCACAGGGUUUUUAAGGGUUUUUUUACAGACGCACCUAUUGUUUUACUUUUUUUUUAUAUUUGUAUCGUUUCUUUUUUUUAGGUCGGAAAGCUCUGCAUAUCUGCUGCAUCGAAUAACAAAGGUAAAAUAUCUUAACGACUUCGAAUCAAUCAAAGAGCUUACUAACUCAUUUUUUUUAAAUACCCAACAUUCCCACACAUCAUUCUAGAUCUAUCAUA